AUUUCGUAGAGAAAAAACGGGAAAUCAAAGUACAUAACGACGGAUAACUCUUCCACGAGAAGUAAACUUGUUCAUCUUCUACUCUUCCAGUGAAAGCAGUGAAAGUCUAAAGAAUGCAGACUGUUUCAUCUAUUGCUGUGGGUGUGGUCUCACCCAAACUGGUAGUCUCUCAAGCACGCACCCUUCGAAUGGAACAACCCAAUAACGCAAACAAAAAAUCACAACCAAGCAAUGAAGAUGAGUCCACUAUUUUGGAGAGUAAGGCUAAUUCACCCAGCACAAGUAUGCCACUAUUGGUCUCUGCACCACUGCAACAAUUACAACAACAAGUUGUAGGAUUCCAACAGAACAACAAGCCAACAGGCCUACCAACAGCAACACGCCUACACAGCAGGGAACAUCCACUAACCUUUGACAAAGCUCCAACACCCAUUAUCCUGGGCAGUACCCCAGCAGACCAUACUGGCGCCCGCUAUGUCUUCCUAGUGGACGAUUCCAGGUCAUCUGUGGUUCCUAAAAAUGUUACCCUAUCACAUCCUGGACGCCUUGGAGAGCUUGUUGGGAAACAGGAGAAUGGGUACAUUGAGAAGAUGGAGGAGUCUGUUCAAGCAAGGGAUAAUGACGAUGAUGGGGAUUUCUCAGAUGGCGGCUCUGAGGCUUCAUUAGACGACGUGAGAGAACACCACGGCAUGAUCAAAUCCAGCAAGUCGGACGAUCAAGACAGGCUGAUAUUAUUCGAGGCGCACGUGUCGCGACUUGACGAAGUCGGUAACACGGCAGCAGAGCGUUACAUGGCAGCCACUGCUCAACAAAGUUACGUGACGCAACAGGGAUUUGAACAAAAUGAUGUUCAGGUUCAAAACAGCUCUCGAAGUUCGAGCAACGUUUCGCAAACAGAAUUCUCGCAAGCCGCUACAACCCUCCCCCAUGGUAUAACCGUCGUUACAACGACUCUAGCUCCUGCUAGCGGUCAGCACUCUGGUUUGUCUCAAGCGACUUUAGCUGUUCAGGCACCGCAAUUACAGCAAGCAGCGUCCAUACAACCCGGUUCAGCGCAAAUAAUCACCGCUAGUGUAAUAUCGGCCGAGGACUUAGCAAGCGCGGCCAUUAGCAAAGAAGGUUUUACGACGAGCGAAGUUCAGUACGUCGAAGCUACUGCGGAUCACUCAUUGUAUUCUAAUGGCGGUUCAGGGAGUAAUGCCUACCAUUACAAUGACAACUCUAUGUACACCCAGCAAGCAUCAGCCACUGCUUACAUGGAUGCCGCUGCUCAGCCACAGCAGGCUCAGACGUUCACUGGCGCUGCAGCCUCUGUUGUAAGUGCCACCCCUUCUGGUCCUCCCACGUAUGUCCAGGUUGGGGAUCACUCAGGACAGGGAAUGCCUCGGCACCCGAUAGCUCAUACUACCAGGGCUUCUCCUGCGACGGUUCAGUGGCUAUUGGAAAAUUACGAAACAGCUGAGGGUGUGAGCCUUCCCCGCAGCACCUUGUACAACCAUUACCUAACCCACUGUCAAACUCACAAACUGGACCCUGUUAAUGCUGCUAGCUUUGGCAAGCUGAUCAGAUCUGUGUUCCUUGGCCUUAGGACAAGACGUCUGGGCACAAGGGGUAAUUCCAAGUAUCAUUAUUAUGGAAUUCGCAUCAAACCAAGCUCUCCUCUAAAUGCACUCACUGACGAUGCACAAGUGGCACUCAGACAGUCUCCAUCAACUCAGAAAAGGUUGAAGCCAGCAUCCAGAGUAGAUGGCGUAGAAGGUGUGGAUGGAUACCCCUCUCAGGGUGGCACCAAUGUGGACUCAGCACAGCAGUCACAGCACCAACAGCACCAACAGUAUCUGGGCGAUAUCACACAGGGUCUACCAGACUUUGAAGACCUGGACCCCAAGGGGACACCUCUUCCAGAGGGUGUUCUUGAGGAAGAUCUUGACACUUUUCAAGAUAUGUACAGAGAACAUUGUGAGGCUUUCUUGGAUGUAGUUGUCAACUUGCAGUUUGCUCUGGUUGAGUCUUUGUGGCAGAGCUUUUGGAGGCAUCCCAGUACCACAGAUGUGAAGAGAGAGGAACCAUCCACCCCAACAUCUGGAAUCAAAGAGCUGGGAGAUGAUGAAGACAAUGAGAAGCGCUUACCAAAGGUCAAGCUUGCCAUACUGUGCGAGUAUGAACCUGUGGUUGCUUAUGUCAAGAGUUGUGAUCAUUUGUUAUACCAAACUUUGGUGGAGGUACUCAUCCCUGAUGUUCUUCGGCCAAUUCCAUCCUCACUCACCCAAGCCAUUCGUAAUUUUGCCAAGGGACUUGAGGGUUGGCUUGCAGGUUCACUGAGUAGUGUUCCCAAGAAGAUGGCAGAUGUAAAGGUUUCCAGUUGCUGUGCCUUUGCUCAAACUCUGCGUAGGUACACGUCUCUAAACCAUCUGGCUCAGGCUGCACGUGCUGUGCUGCAGAACACAUCACAAAUUACACAGAUGCUGAAUGACCUCAACAGAGUUGACUUUGCCAAUGUCCAGGAGCAAGCAGCAUGGGUGUGCCAGUGUGAUGAUCACAUGGUGUAUAGAUUUGAGCAAGAUUUUAAACUUACUCUGCAGCAACAGAACUCUCUAGAGCAAUGGGCAACAUGGUUGGAAGGAGUGGUAGAUCAAUUUCUUAAACCACAUGAAGGCUCUGAGAACUACCCCAAGGCGGCCAGACAGUUUUUACUGAAGUGGUCAUUCUACAGCUCUAUGAUCAUCCGUGAUCUAACGUUGCGCAGUGCCGCAAGUUUUGGGUCAUUCCACCUGAUUCGCCUGUUGUAUGAUGAGUACAUGUUCUACCUUGUGGAGCACAAGGUUGCAAAAGCUGUGGGUGCAUCACCUGUCGCUGUCAUGGGAGAGUAUGUUGGGCUUGGAGCAGCACUUGCCAUGGGCCUUGAUGCAGUUGAAAGCACCCUGAUAUCAGAGCAAAAUGGUUCAGAAACCACAGUAGCGACCACUAAAGCAGGCGCCAGUGCCGUAAGCAGCCUAGGAGAGCCAGAGGUCAAGCGGGUGCGGCAGUCAUAGGCAUUUGUCUGUUAGAAGAUUCAGUAAUUAUUCACAACCAUUCAUCUAGCAGGCAUAUAUAGCAAGAGCAUCAGUUUACCAAGAAUCCUUAUUGGUGUUUUUGCAGUCCCAGUGCCCCUCAGAGAAAUUUCUUACAUGGCCUUUUACUUUGUUGGUUAAAUGGUUCAAUAUUUGGUGAACCUAUGAAACCAUGCAUAACCAACCAUUAAUUUAAUAAUUAGUUAAUUGCUAGACAGUUACCCUGUUAAUAACCAGUUUUCCAUGCUGAAAGAGAACUAGAAUAUUGUCUAAUGUUCAACCAUAGUUAUUAUCAAUAUAAUCAAUAGUAAAAUGUUAGUAGAUAAGAGUCAAGAAAACAAUAUUUUAUAUCUUAAAGUUCAAUUAGAAGCUGUAUUGUUGAGAUCUAAUGAGAUGUAAUGUUUUUCAUAUAUAUGGGAGCUAGCAAUACUGGCUUGUACAAGCAGUAUCUACUCAGAAUCAUUAGCUAUGAUUAUUUGGAACAAUUCCUUUACAGUCAUUCAUCACAUUUCACUCAAUUCUAGGUUGAUACAUGAUUUGAUUCUUGAUCAAAACUUAACUUUAACUCAUAGUUCCACCUAAAAAUACAAAUAUAAUCAGGUGUAUUUUCAAGGAUGUCUUGUUGAAGAAAGUGCCUUAAUUGAGAUGUCUUUCUAGUGAUACACAUUCAUUAUACAGUAUUAAGCAUUUUUCAUAGCUUCUUGACACAUGCUUGCCAUUUGUAAAAUAAGUUAUUUACUAGUUGCAGCUUUUUAAACAUACUUCCAUUCAGUAUAACAUUUUGAUCAAAUGAUUUGUACCACCUUGUAUUUAAAUAAUGAAGGUUUAACUGUGGUGUUUGUGGUAAUCUUUCUCAUAAAACCACUGU